AUGGCAAAACCAAGGGAUCGAGUACUGGACUUCACACACUCUACCCCGCAACGAGCGCUCAAGCUCCUCGAAUUACCACCCGAAUUGGCAGAGCUCAUUUCCUCCGGGAAUGGAUCCACUCUCUACCUAAAGUCCGGACGAGCCUCCUCCUCCUCUGCCCCCUCAACAUCCAGCGACGCCUACGUGAACCUCUGUACAGCCACCCAAACCUACAUGGUCCGCCAAGUCCACUCCUCGAAUUGCAUAUACCUCACCCAGCCCUGCCGCUCAACCACCCCCCACCAGCCGCAGCAGCCAAAGCCAGAUGCACCUGCCUGCAUCACAACCAUCGCCAAAUGCAACGCCACGCUCGAACUCGUGAAGAUGGAUAGUAGUAACGCGUACUCCGCGUUCCCAUACCUGCAGCGCGCUCUGCGUGUGUAUAGCGGCACGCAUGCCGAGGAGGGUGGGGAUGUUGAUAUGCUCGAUGGCAGCGAUGAAGAUACGGGGUUAUCUGCGGCUUCUACUAAUACAACGGUGCGAAGGGAGCGGGAGCGGCGGAGGGUUAUGAGGAAGGCUUGGAAAAGGAUUCUGGAUGCGGCUGUGUUGCAGGGGAUUGAUGUGGGGAAGCAGUUUUUGGCACAGGAUUUGUGGCGGGGUUUUAGGGAUGGGGAUGAAGGGGAUGGGAAAGGGAGUGGAGAUGCCGGGUUUCCAAGGUCGUUAUUCGAUGCGUUGGUGAGGAGGUUAAUGGGGGAUCCUGCAUCGGUGGGUCUGGGGAAGGUUUGUGAGGAGAUUAAAUGGGCAAGUUUUGAUAGAGAUACUACUGUGAGCUGGGUUGGGGAGAGUUAUCUGGAGGCUAACGCGCCAGAUCCAACGAUGGCGAUGGAUCGUGCCCAAUUCAUGGAGAGCUGGAAGGAUCUCUUGCCGGAGUCGUGGAGGUGCAGAGCUACGUGGGAUAAUUUGAAGAACGACUGCCACCAAUAUCCCGACCCGGCGAGCGUUUGUUAUAAGCCAAGGGCUGAACCCAAGGCUACUCGUUCAGGACUCAAAAAACAUGGGUGA